AUGAUUGUCAGCAACACCAUAGCAGUAAGAAAUACAGAAUUACUUUCUGCGAGUACAUUGCUAACUAAGGUGACCAAGUGGAAGUUGCAAGCCAAGAAGAGGAGUUUGUGGGUUCAUACCACACAUCAACAAUUCAGAGCUUCCUUGAAAGAUGGUCUCUGUAGACCUUUAAGAGAGAUUGUGGCCACCAAUGAGGUCUGGCCGGUGCUGCCUGAGAUUUCAGCAAUUGGGUUUUGUUUGUAUCACACAGUUGAUGCUUUUGGCAAUGAUGGUUGGUGGGUUGGUAGAUCACCGACAAAAUUGUGA